CAGAGCAUCUGUCCUUAUAUCAAGGUUCAUGCUACUACCAACAGCCCUCCUAUCCUGGAUCACAGCUAGAAAUCUCAAGCAGAUGCUCUGAGAUUCUGAAAUGAAAUUUGAUUUCAGGCUUUUCAAUCUCAGGUGGACCUGAAGUUCUAUUUCUUUUUUUUUUCUGGAUUCAUUCUGCAAAAGUUUCUGGAUUCAUCUUUUCUUGUGACUUAAAUGGAUACACGUUUGAUUUUGCACUUACCAGUCAUGUGCAGUUCUUCACUGGAUGGUGUGAUUUGAAAGUGUCUGAAUUGCAUAGUUGAAAAACUCACACUCUCAUUCUCUGUUAAAAAAAAAAUUCUGAGCAUUUACACAGAAAGUAGAAGAUGGACAAUAACAGCCUUCUGUGAUUGUAUUUGCAGAAUUCAGCAACAACAAUGAAGGCAUUAAUCAAGAUGGAUAAAACAUAUGUUUGGAUAGUUUUUAUAAUUAUUAUAUUCCUGGGGAUUCCCCAGAAUGCAUUCUCCUGCCCUCACCCGUGUGCAUGUUACGUCAAUUCCGAAGUGCAUUGUACGUUUCGAUCGCUAGCAGCCGUACCGACAAGAAUACCAAAACAUGUGGAAAGAAUCAAUUUGGGAUUCAACAGUAUCCAGUUUAUAGCUGAGGAUGCCUUUGCAGGACUGUCAAAGCUGGAAAUGCUUUUAAUUCACAGUAAUGAUGUCCAUAACAUUCCCAACGGCGCUUUUAGGGAUCUCGCUUCUUUGCAGGUAUUCAAGCUAAGCUACAACAAACUCAAAGUGAUUACAAGCCACACUUUUCAUGGACUUUCCAGUUUAACAAGAUUACAUGUCGACCAUAAUAAAAUUGAAUUUAUACACCCCAAUGCUUUUAACGGAUUAACGUCUUUAAGGCUGCUUCACUUGGAAGGGAAUAUGAUUCAGCAGCUUCAUGCCAACACUUUCUGCACUUUCAAUUUUCUCGAUUAUUUUAGGGAGUCCACAAUAAAACACCUAUAUUUAUCAGACAAUCUGAUUCAAACUCUUCCUGCUGCCAUGAUACAGACCAUGCCAUUAUUGGAAAAUCUCUAUCUUCAUGGCAACCCUUGGAUCUGCGAUUGCCGUUUAAAAUGGCUUCUAGAAUGGGAUGAACAAUCUAAUGGUGUCUUAAAAUGUAAGAAAGACAGAUCAUAUGAAAACGGGCAGCUUUGUGCCAUGUGUUCCAGCCCAAAACAACUGCAGAAUCAAGAAAUCCAGAGUUUGAAAGACGUUGCUUGUUCCAGCCCGGUAAUAUAUUCGCCAUAUAGAGUAAAUAGCAGUGACCUAUUUACAGAAGAUGAUGGAGCUGACUUGCAGAUGGUGCAGUCCUAUAAAGAUUAUAUAGGAAAAGUUAUACUGAAUAUGACGGAUGAACAUGGAAACAAAGUAAACUUGGAAUGUGAAAUGAAAAAAUCCUCUGAUUUCAGCAAAAUUAAUUGGAACCAGCCUCAUCCAGAAGAAAUUGAUGUCAACGCCACCUUUAGUCUUGACUUUGAAUGCCCCAUGAAUCGAGAAAACUAUGAAAAAUUGUGGAAACUCAUAGCAUAUUAUAGUGAAGUACCUGUUAAGAUGGAGAGGGAGCUGAUGUUUACUGGUAGUCCAAAAGUGACAUACAGAUACAGACAGAAUGCAGAUCAGGAUUCAUAUUACUACACAGGUGUUAAAUCUUUAAUCUCAGCAGAACCAGAAUGGGUAAUCCAACCAUUUGUCAGCAUCCAGUUGAACAGAAAGAUGAGCACAGCCAAGAAGGUGACAUUGUCCUUUUCAACUCAAUUCUCCCAAUUGAUCCACACCAAGGAAAUUCAGCAUCCAAAAAAUAAUUGGGUGAUGAUCGAUAGAAAUUCAAAGACUAAAACAUCUCAAAUUGUUGUUAAAGGAGAAGUUUGUCAGCUUAGCUGCAAUGUAAGAUCAUCGGAAUCUCCCACUAUACAGUGGGGUCUCCCAGAUGGAACAAUAUUGAAAGCGCCAUAUAAUAACCUGGAUGAUAGAUACUCUGUGUCUGCUGGGGGCCAAUUAGUUAUCAAAGCAGUAGAUUUAAUGGAUUCUGGAUUAUACCAUUGUGUUGCCCAAGUAAAGCAUGGAAUUGAUGUACUGACCUUUAGAGUUGUAGUACAGCCACCGACAAGUGAAAUAUCUGAGCAAAAUACUCAAGUAAUUACACAAGCUCUUGGGGAACCUAUAACUUUGACUUGCAAUGCCAUUGCCAACCCUGAUGCUGAAGUGAACUGGAUUUUACCAGACAAUACUAUAAUUGAUUCUGUAGCAAACAAAACUAAUGUGCAUUUGCUGAGUAAUGGGUCAUUAGUUAUACCUCACAGUAAACAGUCUGACAGUGGUCUCUAUGUAUGUAUAGCUGCAAACGAACAUGGAACUGACCACUACAGUGUCCAAUUGACAUUAAACAGAAAAGUCUCUGUACAGUCUUAUCCAAUACCAAUAAUAAGAAAACGUCCAAUCGUAAAAAUACCAGUAAAACCUAAUUAUAACGUGAUUGAUGAUGAUGGAGGUUCUGGUGAGAAAGAAGCACAGGAAGAGCCAGAAAAAUAUAAUAAAUAUGUAAAGGUUGGAUCAGGAAAAAACAAAGGUUCACGUGUAUCUAAAGUUACCAACAAAGAAAAAACAAGAAAAGACAGGAUGAAAUUGAAAGUUUUGAAGAAUACAGAAAGAUCAAAAGGUAGCAGCAUUGCAGAAGGUAGGAGAAAAUUUGAAUCAAGAAGGAGAAUAAAUAUGGGAAAUAAACAGAUUGAUCCCCAUCAGUGGGCCAACAUUUUGGCAAAGGUUAGAGGAAAAAAUGUCCAAAGAACUACAGAAGUACCACGUAUAACCAGCACAGAAGCUACCACAAUACCUACGCAUUUUACUAAGUCGACAACCCCAUCUACUAUUGCCAGGCCACCAGUGAAGCCUAUGGCAGGGGCACAGUCUAAUGUAGAUGAAACAUCUGCAGAUGAAGAAGAGCUAUUGUCACAAGUAACAAAAACACCUAAUAAUUAUAAUGUAGCAUCAUCCGCUGAUCACAUAGAUUCUGCUAUUACCCGUGAUGAAACCGAAUAUUACAGUGAAAAUACUUUUUCAGAAAACAAUGAGGAGAGAGUAAGCACAGAGUCAUCUUCUUCACUUGCAGUGUUUACGACAUCGAUGCCUGUAAUGUCGACACUUGAAAACAUUGACAUCAACGAUUUAGCUUAUUCAACGGAUGAAGAUGAAAUCAGUCGUUCUUUUAUUGAGUUGGAAGACAGCACCCAUACAGCAGAUAAAGUUUUACCAACAAAAGACCUCGCUGAAGAACAUUCAACUAGAACUGCACAAUAUGAGCAAUACACAGAGGAACAAUUUAGUGAGGCAGAAAACACAACUUUUUUGAAAGAGGAUGAUAUUAAAAAUGAUCUCAACGAAAUGGAGAUCUCUUCAGGUGAAAUGUUCAUGAUACCUAAGGAAGAACAAACAGAGUAUUUCCCAGUCCGAACCUCUACAACUACAUCUUCCCAAGAACAGUUCUCUCAUAAAGACACUGAGACAAUGGAAACCGAAGAGAUCCAUGAUAAGUCUUCAAACAAAGAUAUGCAACAUUUGCAAAUAGUUAAUACUGAGAUUAUACCUAGUGACAUGCCAAUUUUAUGGACAGAAGAAAGUCACACACUGCCAUCAACCACCAGCAAACCCCAGACUUCUGUGGCAGACUAUGAUGAAGUAUCUAAAGCUAUGGGUGGCAUCGUCCCAAAGUACGUUAUUGUUAGUCCACCAACUGCUCCUAAUGUUGAUUAUAUUGUUCCUACCCUAACAUCAUCUAUUCUGGCUCCCACAGAGUCUCUUGCUAUAGGUUUAAAUGAGGAGAAACACCCAGAGGACUAUGUUGAACAAACAAAGAAUGUUUACACUGAUGUAAAGGAAACUGUUGCUGUAAACACUGAAACACCUAAAACAUCUAAGAUCACAGAAACAACACCUAAAACAUCUAAGAUCACAGAAACAACACCUACAUUUGGAUAUUCUGUAAAGACAGAUGCUAAUUUGUUGACUAGCACUAUAGCCAUACACCCUAUCAGCAGUACAAGUAAAAAAGAAAUGGUGACCACCCUCCCAACAAAAAUUGCAACUGUUCAUGUACCUACUCAAACACCAACCACCGCUUCAUCACUUCUUACAAAUGGCAAUAUUAAUUAUCCCAGACGUAGGCCCAAUGGAAGAAGGAGAUUUAGGCCAAAUCGUUUUAGACAACGUCAGAACCAGAUUGUUCCUAUGGUUCCUCCUACAACACAAGUAAGGAUAAGUACAUUAUUUAAAAAACCACAAGUGUCAUUCUCAGAGGGAGUGAGUACCACUGGUAUACCUUCAUUUACAACCCAAGUAAAUGUUGAACCACUUUAUAAGACUACAAAUGAUAUUACAUCUAAAACAAUGGCCACAACAAUGAAAGCUGAGCCUAUAACUGUGCAGAUGGAUAGAUCAUCCAGUGCGGAUUAUAGGACUACAAUUGAUGUUCAGACUAAGGCAAUGGCUACAACAACGACAGCUGAGCCUAUUAUUAUGCAGACAGUUAGAUCAUCCAAUACAAAUUAUAAAACUAUAAAUAAUGUUCAGUCUAAAACAAUGGCUACGGCUACAGCAGAGCCUAUUAUUAUGCAGAAAGAAAGGUUGACCAGUACUCCAGAAUACAUACCCCCUUCAUACAGCACUAUGACCACAACAUCCGUACCUUUACUUGUUGCUCCUGUUACAACAACAAAUACAUUAAAAACAUACAGCACUGAAAAGGCUGAUAACUUAAAUGUGUUCAAGACAUUACAGGAAUAUGUUAAUACAAUGGCCACUAAAGUAUCUGAAUUCCAAACUUCUACAUUUCAUGAUACAGUCUCCAGUUCUGUUAUAAACAAUAACGUACAGACUAACAUUGAACCAUCCCAACCAUACAAGGAAUAUAGUACUGGUAUUCCAGAAGAUAAUGUCAUAUUCCCCACUGCUGCCACAGGGGCAGAUGAAGCAUCUGACAUAGAAGAAACUCUAGUUACAGCCACUAUAGCUAGUGCAAUCAAGAGUAGUGUAUCUGUAGAACCUAUAAGAACAACUAUCGCAUCUCUCCUUAACACAGCAAAACCUACAAGCAAUGUUUUUAUGGAAAAAUAUAGUUCCGAAGAUGUUUACAAAGAUGACAAAGAAGGCAUUGGUAAACCAGUCAGUCAUACUGUGAGAAAUGAACUGCUUGAAUCAAUGGGAGUAUUUCCACUUACCAAGAAAAAUGUUGUUCCCACAACAUUAUUCCAUUUGACAUCUUCAAGUGCAAAGCCAUUUUUCAUUCCAUACAUGACCCCAAAGACAACAAAAGUUUCUGAAAUUACAAACCAAGUAGCACCAACGCAAGGUACAAAAAUAAUGCAACCAAACAUUCCUUCUUCAAGGCGUGAUGAACUGGAAAGAUUCCCCCCCAGCAAAAAGAAUAUGUCUGUACAUCCACAACAAGAGCAAUUUAAGGAUAUUCAUGGUACAAAGUCCAACAGUACUGUUCCUCAUUAUACAAAAUUGCAUAGCCAGUCGCAAAUAAACCACAACCAGCAUCAUGCAGUACAACAGACUCCAUAUAACACUGCAAGAGUGACUAUGAGAUCUCCCUAUUUUGGAACACAUAGUCCACUACGUCACUUUAUUACUAAUCCACCAAUUCACCAGACAAAUAAACCUGAGAUUACGGCAUAUACGGUGCAAAAUGUUCAAGAGAGGAAGACAUAUGCUCCACUUUUAUACACAACAACCCCUGCAACAAGUACCACCACAGCUGUUCCAUUAUCUAGGCCACGGCCAAUGACUCCAAGCAAAUAUAAUCUAGGACAAAGAAUAUCAACAAUUUAUAGGCCCUUUGGAAAUAAUGUUUUUACGGACAGCAAGGUUAAUGGGGCAAGAAUUCCAUAUUAUGGACACCCAUAUUAUUUGAACCCAAGAUUUUUAUAUCGUUUUAACAGAACAAGACCAGUUCAGUUUGUUGUAACUUCUAAACCUCCAAUACCUACCUCUGGUGAAUCAGUAAAUAAGAAUAAUCCUAUAAAUGCAUUUGCAAGGACAACAACAUCCAGUGCAAUGUUAAAAACUACAAGCUCCCCCACAACAGCUACCAGGACAACUACUACAUCAAAAAUUCCACCAACAAACCCUAUACACACUACAGUUCCUCCAUAUUUUGGGGUUACACGUUUUCUGAAGCCAAGCUCAACGACUCAGUCAUAUUGGUACAAUCUUCAUGCUAUUCAGAAACCACCAAUUGCAUCAAGUAUAGAAGACUCGAAACUUAAACAUCCCAACGAGAUUCAACCAUCAUUGAACAUCAGGUCUCAAGCAAGCAAACCUAAGAUUACAACCACAGGAUUUCAAUCCAUAUCUGUGCCCUAUGAAAUGGAUGCUAUUUUACCAUGUGAGGCCAAUGGCGAACCGAAGCCUUCAAUUUCAUGGACUAAAGUUUCCACAGGUGCAAUAAUGACAGUUAACACAAGAAUACAGCGGUUUGAAGUCCUGCAAAAUGGUACGCUACACAUCCAGAACCUUCAGCUUCAGGACCGUGGUCAAUAUCUCUGUACAGCACAUAACCAACUGGGCUUAGACAGGAUGCUGAUUACGUUAACAGUUGUUGCUCAGCAGCCGAAAAUGCUGUCGUCGCGGUAUAAGGAUGUUACUGUAUAUCUUGGAGAUACAGUUACAAUGGAUUGUCAUGCUAACGGCGUACCAUCCCCCCACAUUUCAUGGAUAUUCCCAGACAGAAAAAUAAUACGAGCAAUCUCAACCACAGAGAGCCGCGUUAUGCUUUAUGAAAACGGAACGUUAUCCAUCAAAGACACUACUUUUUCCGACAGAGGGAUCUUCAAGUGCGUUGCUAGCAAUGUGGCCGGAGCUGACAGUGUGACUGUUAGGGUUCACGUAGCUGCGUUGCCUCCUAUUAUUCAACAAGAAAAAGUUGAAAACAUUUCUCUUCCCCAGGGCCACAGCAUAUAUAUUCACUGUUCUGCGAAAGGUGCCCCCCCGCCCAGUAUUCGUUGGGUACUUUUAGAUGGGACACAGGUUCGGCCAUCGCAGCUAGCAAAUGGAAAUUUGUUUGUGUUUCCAAAUGGCACUCUUUAUAUCCGGAACAUUUUACAAAAAGAUAUCGGGAGGUAUGAAUGCAUUGCAGCAAACAUUGUCGGGGCAGCAAAGAGAACAGUGGUAUUGGAUGUGAAAAAAUACCCACUGAACGCCAAGAUUACUGGAAGUUCUCCGCAGAGAACCGAUGUAACUUAUGGAGGUACUUUACGUCUAGACUGCAGUGCGGCUGGCGAUCCUUGGCCAAGGAUACUGUGGCGGCUUCCUUCCAAAAGACUAGUGGAUUCUUUCUUCAGCUUUGACUCCAGAAUCAAGACAUUUUCAAAUGGCACAUUGAUCGUCUAUUCAGUUACAGACAAAGAUGCAGGCGACUACUUGUGCAUGGCACGGAAUAAGCUCGGAGAUGACUACGUAGUACUCAAAGUAAAUGUGAUGAUGAAGCCAGCUAAAAUACAACAGAAGAAAGAAGUUGACCACAAGGUUAUGUACGGCGGGGAUCUAAAAGUCGAUUGUGUAGCUACAGGGGUUCCAAACCCGGAAAUCUCAUGGAGCCUACCUGAUGGUAGUAUGAUCAACAAUGUCAUGCAAUCCGAUGAUAGUGGAUCACGGACAAGAAGAUAUGGUGUAUUUAAUAAUGGAACCUUGUACUUCAAUGAGGUUGGAAUGAAAGAAGAAGGGGACUACACAUGUUAUGCAGUGAACCAAAUUGGAAAAGAUGAGAUGCGGGUCAGUGUAAAGGUUGUGGCAGAGCGUGCAAUUAUUAAAAAUAAAACAUAUUCUGUUGUUAAUGUACCAUAUGGAGAUGUGGUUACCGUUUCUUGUGAAGCUAAAGGAGAACCUGUACCCAAGAUAACUUGGCUUACUCCUGCAAACAAGCCAAUUCCUGCUUUAUCUGACAAGUAUCAGAUUUACAGAGAUGGAACUCUUCUUAUCCAAAAGGUGCAAAGGUCCGAUAGUGGUAAUUAUACAUGUGUAGCACAAAACAGUGGUGGGGAAGAUAAAAAGAUUGUUCAGAUACAAGUUAAUGUCCUCUCACCCCAAAUCAAUGGAUAUUCUAAUAAAAUAACCGCCAUACAGGAAACUGCAGCAAAAGAUUCCCAUAUGCUGAUUGAUUGUAAAGCUGAAGGAAUUCCAACUCCGCGUGUGAUGUGGGUAUUUCCUGAAGGAGUCAUUCUUCCAGCUCCUUACUAUGGGAACAGGAUCACUGUACAUCGGAAUGGAACUCUGGAGAUCAAAGGUUUAAGAAAAACUGAUUCUGUACAGCUGACUUGCAUUGCCCGUAAUGAAGGUGGAGAAGCAAAAUUAAGUGUACAGUUGACGGUUACUGAACCAGCAGAGAAGCCAAAGUUUAUCAACGAUAAUGAGAACAUUGUUGUAGCAGAAGGCCAGGCAGUAAAUCUUAACUGUUCAGCUACAGGAAGACCUGAACCUGAAACACAAUGGAUUCUACCAAAUGGAACAGUAGUUCGAAGUGGUAGUCACCUCCACAGAAUUUUCCAUAAGAGGGACGGUACAUUACAUAUUGGCUUUCCAUCCAUGGCUGAUGCUGGAGCAUACCGCUGUAGAGCUGUAAAUGUAGCUGGAUAUGCAGACAAGAUGGUCAAUUUACAGAUUGGUCGUAAGCCGCAGUUGAGCAAUCAUUACAAUAAUCUAAUUAGUAUAAUUAAUGGGGAAACGUUACAGCUUCAGUGUACAACGCAAGGUGAGCCUAAGCCACGCAUCGCCUGGACAUUGCCAAACGGGAUGGUUAUUGAUGGCCCACAAGUAAAGGAUCGUGUCUCUCUGCUGCAAAAUGGAACACUUGUGGUACGAAAUACAUCUGUUUAUGACAGAGGAAGCUAUAUAUGCAAGGCAACAACUCAAUAUGGCUCUUCAACAAUGAGCGUUCCUGUAAUUGUUAUAGCUUACCCACCCCGUAUAACCACUAGUCCUGCACCUGUUAUCUACGCAAGGCCCGGAGGUUCGGUCCAGUUAAACUGCAUGUCUAUUGGAAUACCGAAAGCGGAAAUAAGCUGGGAACUUCCUGAUAAAUCUCAUUUGACUGCUUUAGCCCAGUCACGCUUAUACGGAAAUAAGUUUCUCCACCCUCAAGGGACGUUAAUAAUUCAGCACAUCUCAAAAAGAGAUAUGGGGUACUAUAAAUGCACAGCCAAAAAUAUACUAGGCAGCGACACAAAAACAACUUAUAUUCAUAUAUAUUAAGAAUUCUACCAGUGAGAUGCCCAAGACUGCCACUCGAGUGCAAAAUAUACUGUAUCAUUACGUGUAAAAGAAGCCUUUUUUCUAAUAUGGGUGCUUUAUCCAGAAGACAAUCCCUCUUUUAUGAUAACCAACAAAAAGUAGAAAAGAAUAUCCUUACUUUUUACUAUAACUAGUAACCAAGAUAAGAACAAUAAUCAGGCCAAACGUAAUUCAGAUGUCAAUGUAUACAAUGUUUUACAAUAAGAGUUUAAGGUUAUGCUUUCUAAUGCUAACAAUUCUAUAUGAUACAGUAUAACAAUGGCUUGAUUUGCACCUUACUACCAAAGAAGUAUUAGUACUAAAACAUGCUGCAGUAAUAUGUGUUUUGCCGGUUUAUUUUAAGACAAUUAACGUAGUUAUCCUUAACCCUGGUAACAUUAAACCUGCCUCUACGACAAUGCUACCGUCUUUAAUAACUUUCUUAUGUGCAACGAUGUACCACAGAGCUGACAUUUCAUUGUGUACAAAGUCAGACGAUCUUCAAUGAACUGUGAUUUGAGGAACAGAAACUUUUUCAACAUGCAAACGUAUGUUUUCUGCGUAUGUUACAUAUUAGUAAUAUUGCCAUGAGACGCAAAGUAUCAAACUCCAUGUCUCAUUUUAUAAAUUAUUGGUCUUUAAAAGACUUUGCAAGACUGUGUUUAUAUGAUUAAAAUCAUUGUAUUGUACAUUUUAUAAUAAAUAAUAUUUUCCAAACAAA